GCCGUAGGGACAAACAAACUUUUCACGGUAAAAUAGGGAAAUGUCUCCACAAAUAACGUUUGAGUUAAAUACUAAAUAGUCGUCAGAAAGUGGAAUAAAGAAGCCUGGAUACCUCACUGCAAAUCACCAGGAAAUUACCUUAAACUCUAAAUACGACCUUAAGUGUUACUUUUAGAGCUUGUAUAUAUUUCUAUAGAAAUAUAUGUUGCUUGGUAAAUUGUUUUAAAUCAAGUUAUUUUAGAAACUCUAGAUGUUCAAACACAUCAAAAACUCCUACCUCACUCGGAUGACAUGUUCAGGUAAAAAUGGUCAUGUUUGGUUUUUUUUUUUUAAAUGUUUAAAUCCAUUUAUUUGAUUCAAUAAUUUAUUACAUCAACCAACGAUUCACCGCCGUGCUGAUAAUCAGUACAACAGCACUCCCUUUUGUGCGUUAUCGCUCAAAAAACGUCAAAUGUGGAUAUGUGAAAAAUAUGGGAGAUGUGGUCGAUGCCGAGGUGAAUUCAACGGUACAAAUUAUACAUUUUUAUAGAGAAAGAAAUAAAAAACGGAAGACUACAGGCGGAUAAAUAAACAGUAGCUAGUUUGGGAGCACCGGGGGUCGCCUGCAGGCCGCAGUGUGUUGUUGGGGGUUGGAGCUGGAGCGGAGACCCGCCGCCAUCUUCAGUUGUGGGUGUGUUAGCUGUUUACUGGACGAGCAGGCAGCGAACUGACAGAAAUUAUGGGAAGAAAGAAGAAAAAGCAAAUGAAACCUUGGUGCUGGUACUGUAACAGAGAUUUUGAUGAUGAGAAAAUCCUCAUUCAGCAUCAGAAGGCCAAACAUUUCAAGUGCCACAUCUGUCACAAAAAGCUGUACACUGGACCUGGGCUUGCAAUCCACUGUAUGCAGGUACAUAAAGAGACCAUCGAUGGAGUCCCCAAUGCUAUACCUGGAAGAACAGACAUUGAGCUGGAGAUUUAUGGCAUGGAGGGUAUCCCCGAAAAAGACAUGGAAGAGAGAAGAAGAGUGCUAGAACAAAAGAACCAAGAGACUCAAAAGAAAAAGCAGAACCAGGAUGACUCUGAUGAGUAUGAUGAUGAUGAUGAGCCUGGUCCCUCCUUCCAGCAGCCUGCUGCAGGUCAGCCACAGACAGGCUACAUACCCCCUAUGACCCAGCCGGGCCUGCCUCCUGGCUCUGGUGCUCCGGGGAUACCACCGGGCAGCUACUCAGGAAUCCCCCCAAUGAUGCCAGGUGUGCCACCAAUGAUCCCAGGAAUGCCCCCUGUAAUACCAGGAAUGCCUCCAGGGAUGAUACCAAUGGGUGGGAUGAUGCCUCCAGGUCCAGGGAUGCCUCCAAUGAUGCCUGGUGUGCCACCAGGCCUGCCUCCUCCGAUGGGCCACCGUCCAGGCAUCACACACAUGGCUCAGGUUCCUCCUGUUGCAAACAUGCUGACUAGACCUGCUGUUCCCGCUGCCACUGUCCCCUCAGCACAGCCCGAUGUUACAAAGCCUCUUUUCCCCAUCGCUGGACAGAGCCAGCAGUCAGGGUCCCCCCACCCUCCCCCCUCUACCUCCUCUGACCCCUCAAAGCCCACAUUCCCGGCCUACACGCAGGCCACCGUAGCUGCGGCCAGUCCCAAUGCUGGCAGCAGUACGGUCUCCAAACCUCCCUCCACUGUGACCAGUAAGCCUGCCACCCUCACCACCUCCAGUGCAACCAGUAAGUUGAUCCACCCUGAUGAGGAUAUCUCACUGGAAGAGUUGCGCGCUCAGUUGCCGAGAUACCAACGCAGUGUUCCCCGCCAAGGCCAGACCACCGCCGCCACUCCGUCAGUGGGUCCUGUGGGUCCUGUGGGUCCUGUGGGUGGCAUGAUGGCUCCUCAGCAGCCCGGCAUGAGGCAUCCCAUACCUGGCCAGUAUGGUCCACCUCAGGGGAUGCCAGGCUUCAUGUCAGGAGGGAUGCCUCCAUAUGGACAGGCCCCUCCUGUGGUUCCUCCGGGGUACCAGGGAGCCACCCCACGGCCACCCAUGGGCAUGAGACCCCCCGUCAUGUCUCCUGGAGCCCGCUACUGAAGCCUGCCUUCCUCUCUUCAAUAGGUUUGGACACUCAACCCUUUUCUAAUGUCCUCAGCUGCUAGUAGACAAACCAGUAUUGGUAUUAUAGUACCACAAAGUACUGUUUAUUCUACUACUGAGCUAUGAGGAAGAGACACUGAAUAAACAGCAUUCAAAAGAGCAUCACAUGGGAAAUAUUUACACUGUACCUAACCAAGACUAUGAACUGUUGUUUCAAACCAUCUCUGUUCUGUGGCUUUUUUUCCUUCUCAUGUUUCAUUCAGGUGUAUAGAAGUAUAGUAGAUAUGGUUCGUAGUGUUGUGAAGGCGCUGGAGUUACAUGGGCAGUACUCACCAUUUAUCAAGGCAAGUUUUAUGUAAAUACAUUUCUGUUUCUGUAAGCUAAACAGUGAGGCCUUCACAGCACGUAGUGCUGUUGGACUUUGUGUCCCCAACUUUGUUUGGUGAGGGCUUCAAAUAACUGUUUUCUGCAUUUAUUCUGUUUCAUGUUCAUAGUUUUAUUUAGGAAAUGCUCCCAUAACGUUAAAUAGUUGAAGUACUAAAUGAAAUGGUAUAUGUAUUGUUGUAAAACUGUAUUGUAAUAAAAUGUGGCAAAAAUUUAAGACUCUUCUUUGCGGGACGUUAGUAGGAAAACAGACGUCACAGCAGGUUUGUACCACAAAUCAUGAACAUGGUGAUUGUGCUUUAGUUGUCUUGAAGAUGAUCAAUAACAGUAAUGUCUGUAGUUUUUUUGUUUAAUUAAAAAUGUUGGUAAAUGUUUUCUUUUGGCUAUAAGCAGUAGAUUAGAAAUUGAUGCUCUGUACAUGGCGAGUGCACUUGUACAGCUGCAUAACUUCGGGUCGCUGCUGGCUGUAGUGCUAAAACCCAGAUUUCUCUUCUCCCUGUAGCGAUGCCAUGGGGGACUGGCUGAGGCCCUGUCUCAGUGUAGCCCUGUUUCAGCCUGAGGCAAGUCUCACCAUUUUCUGUCUUUUCAUUCAUUACCAGGGGCCCUCACAGCGUACAUGCUGUUGGAUCUCAAUGUCCCCAAACUUGCAGCAAGUUUGGUGAAGGCCCUUGUUUGUGUUGUUGCGUUUAGACACCAUUUUCUACAUGUUAGCUCUUAUGAGUUAUGUUUUUUUAUUGUUAAGCUCUUUUGUGUCAUUGAACCUGUAUUCUUUCUUCCUGGUUUGUGAGAACAUGGGGAAGCUCAGUUUUCAUUUAAUAUCUUCAUACUGAAAGUAUGGAGCUUUUGAAUGAAACUGUACUUCUUGAAAAGCUAAUUUAACUAGUUUAAAAGUCCACCUGAGUUAACUUUCUGAAAUAUUUAUGACUUGGUCAAAAGUCAAAUAAUUUGCUUAAGACAUAAACAGUCACCUGCAGCUGUAUAAAUACAUUAAGUGUUUGUUGGGAGGUUUGUGAUGAACAAAUGAGUUUUCAUAUGCUUGUGAAAUGGCUUCACCACUUAAUCCUGUUUGUUCCAUCAGCUUUCCUCACUUGAUCAUUUGAAUUUAACUACUUACAUGAAGGAGAAUCCCUACCAGUAACAGGUUAGUUAAAGCUGUAAGUACCACUGCUGUAACUUUAAUUUCCUGCGACCUGUGUUUGUGUGCACACAUAACGAGAUCUUAAAGGGAUAAUUCAGACUUUUUCAACUGGGGGCAUAUUAGGUACUUAACCAUAGUCAUUGCAUCACCUUCAGUACACGGCAGUUUGCACGCCCCCACUUUUGAGAAACAGGCUGGAGUCUGACACAAGGCGGGUUUCCACUACAAAAUUUAAGCAAUGUUUUUGAAAUGUCGUCCAAACACAAUGUAACAGAACACACAAUGUUUUGCGACUUUUCUCGUGACGUUUUGCACAUCUCCUCUCGCAGUAACGUUCCAGGAAGCAUGGCGAUGGAUGUUCAAAACACUGCAGGUUUAUUUCUAUUGCAGCCACCGCACCAGCCGUCAUUAUUUCCAAUCGAAGGUGACAUAAGCCGUGUAUGCAAUACACGAUAAUGAAAAGGCGAGCCCCUUAAACACGGGAGUGGCCGCGUAUGAGGGAUUUCUUGGAGGUGAUAGUCUGUGAUUUCAGAGGAAUUGUGGAUUCAAAACUUCCAGAUGAUCCGCUCAGCUUUUGAAGAGUUGUGUGAUGCAGUAACACCUCUCAUAGAGCCUGUUGCAUCGUGCCUCAGAGAGACAAUUCCUAAAGACAUUAACAUAGCCAUAGCAUCAUGUGACCUAUAAGUAAGUAAGUGUUUACAUUGCACUUUUGUGAAAUGUUUAUUUUGAAUUGCCUGAAAUACCACUUCAUGCAAGCAUUGCUAUGAAUGGGAGAUUCUGUUUUCUUUUGAAGUGACUUGUUUCCACUGGGCGUAUUUUAUAUUCGCAAUUUCAUUUUGCACAAUUUGAGUGUUAAUGGAAACCCGCCUACUAAAGCUAAGCAGUGUACCAUUGUGAACUACUUUAGCCACCUAAAAAAGUCCCAAUUAAAACAAUAUGAAUUUAAGUAUAUACUUAAUUAAGGUUGUUCUCUUCAAAGCCAGUUGAGAAAAACAGUGAUUUAACGUCACUGAACACAGGAGCUGCUGCUCAGCUGCCUCGCUCAGGUUUUUAUGUUAUUGUGUGACUUCAGCGUUUAAAAUGUUUUGCUUCAAAAAUCACAGAUGUCACAAUAACUAUCUGAUCAGGGCGGCGUUAGACCAGCAGCUCUGGUGUGCAGCAAGCUAAAAUUACAUUUUUUUUUCGUUUGGUGGCUUUGGAGAGAGCAUAGAUGGGAAAUUGAAGCAGUUAACAGCUAACUUGUUGGAACGAGCUGUCUGACGGAUAUUAAAGCAAUAAAUACCACCUGCCAUCUACUGUAGAUAAAACACUGACCAUGGAUAAGUACCGCAUACAAACCCACUUCAAGAAAAUCUAAACUGUUACUUCAGUUUCUGUCACCUAGAGGUGAAAAACAAAGAAAAAUAGCCGCCGGCCAAAAGGCUUCUUAAAUCAUACUUAACUUCAGUGUGCAACACAUUUCUUUCCACUAGUUCUAUUCAAUGUGAUCAUCUCUUUGGCGCAGUUUUUGGUUUAAUUAAUCUUAAUUUAAACUAAUGAUUUAAUGCUUUACACGAGUAACACAGGCAGAGUCUUCAUUGGUAAGUAUGAUUUCACGAAUUCCGUUUAUUAUAUUAAGAGCACGGGAAACUUAAGGCGCUAUCCCAUCCACCAGCUCAGAGGUGGUCCAUAGUUUGUAUUUUGCUCUGUAUUGUAGAUUUGAAGUUUUGCACAUUUUCUUUUGGUGUUUUUUACUGUACCAUGACUGUAUUUUCAAAUGUCCAUUUUCAUUUGUAUGGAGGUACAAUUUCUUUUCUAAACUUAAGAAUAAAGAAUAAGUAUGGUGCCA